AUGGAUCCUUAAUAGACCAAUCAAUAAUAGAAUAAGAAUAAUGCUCAAAAUGAAAAACCAGAAGUUCAAAAAUAGUAAGAGUAAGUGAAAUUAAUUCAAAAAGAAAAAGAGAAAUGCUUAGAAAUAAAAAACAAGGCAGGGACAUUUUUUACCGAAUAAAAAUUCGAAGAAGCUUCAGAUCUCUACAAGGAAGCUAUUGAUUAUUGUCCUUUGGAUGAUCUAUAAAUGCUAUGCAUAUUAAACUCAAAUAUAGCUAUCUGCUAUAUGAAAUAAUCUGAUUAUGAUAUUGCCAUUGAUUAUUGCACAAAAGCACUCACAUUUAACCCUGAAUUUGUUAAGGCUUUAAUAAAUAGAGCAGAAAGUUAUGAGAAAUUAAAUAAACUGGAAGACGCAUUAGAAGAUUAUAAGAAGUUAAAGGUAUUAUAACCAUAGGAUAAUGUGAUAAUAAAAAAGUUCAUUGAUUUAGAUCUUAAAGUUCAAGAAUUGGACGAAAGAAGAAACUUUGAGGCAGUGAAGGGAUUGAAGGGAAUGAAGAAUAUGGGAAAUUCAGUAUUAGGAAAAUUAGGACUAAAUUCAGAAAAUUUUAAAUUAGAAUAGAAUGAAAAUGGAACAUAUAACAUAUCAUAUAAAUCAUGA